UUUGAAUAUAUGAUUUUAGCCACCAUCAUAGCAAACUGCAUUGUCCUUGCCCUGGAGCAGCACCUGCCUGACGAUGACAAGACCCCCAUGUCUGAACGACUGGAUGACACAGAACCAUACUUCAUUGGAAUUUUUUGUUUCGAGGCCGGCAUUAAAAUCAUCGCCCUCGGGUUUGCCUUCCAUAAAGGCUCUUACUUAAGGAAUGGUUGGAAUGUGAUGGACUUCGUGGUGGUGCUAACAGGCAUAUUGGCGACCGUUGGGACGGAGUUUGACCUACGGACCCUGAGGGCAGUCCGAGUGCUGAGACCGCUCAAGCUGGUGUCUGGAAUCCCAAGUUUACAAGUCGUCCUGAAGUCAAUCAUGAAGGCAAUGAUCCCCCUGCUGCAGAUUGGCCUCCUCCUGUUUUUUGCAAUUCUUAUUUUUGCAAUCAUAGGGUUAGAAUUUUAUAUGGGAAAAUUUCAUACCACCUGCUUUGAAGAGGGGACAGAUGACAUUCAGGGUGAGUCUCCGGCUCCGUGUGGGACAGAGGAACCCGCCCGCACCUGCCCCAAUGGGACCAAAUGUCAGCCCUACUGGGAAGGGCCCAACAAUGGGAUCACUCAGUUCGACAACAUCCUAUUUGCAGUGCUGACUGUUUUCCAGUGCAUCACCAUGGAAGGGUGGACUGACCUCCUCUACAACAGCAACGAUGCCUCAGGGAACACUUGGAACUGGUUGUACUUCAUCCCCCUCAUCAUCAUUGGCUCCUUUUUUAUGCUGAACCUCGUGCUGGGUGUGCUGUCAGGGGAGUUUGCCAAAGAAAGGGAGCGGGUGGAGAACCGGCGGGCCUUUCUGAAACUGAGGAGGCAGCAGCAGAUCGAACGGGAGCUCAACGGGUACAUGGAGUGGAUCUCGAAAGCAGAAGAGGUGAUCCUCGCCGAGGAUGAAACCGACGGGGAGCAGAGGCAUCCCUUUGAUGCUCUGCGGAGAGCCACCAUAAAGAAAAGCAAGACCGACCUGCUCAACCCCGAGGAGGCCGAGGACCAGCUGGCCGACAUCGCCUCCGUGGGGUCUCCCUUCGCCCGAGCCAGCAUUAAAAGUGCCAAGCUGGAGAACUCGACUUUUUUUCACAAAAAGGAGAGGAGGAUGCGUUUCUACAUCCGCCGCAUGGUCAAAACUCAGGCCUUCUACUGGACUGUGCUCAGUCUGGUAGCCCUCAACACUCUGUGUGUCGCUAUUGUUCACUACAACCAGCCCGAGUGGCUCUCCGACUUCCUCUACUAUGCAGAAUUCAUUUUCUUAGGACUCUUUAUGUCCGAAAUGUUUAUAAAAAUGUACGGGCUUGGGACGCGGCCUUACUUCCACUCUUCCUUCAACUGCUUUGACUGUGGGGUUAUCAUCGGGAGCAUCUUCGAGGUCAUCUGGGCCGUCAUAAAACCCGGCACAUCCUUUGGAAUCAGCGUGUUACGAGCCCUCAGGUUAUUGCGUAUUUUCAAAGUCACAAAGUACUGGGCAUCACUCAGGAACCUGGUCGUCUCUCUUCUCAACUCCAUGAAAUCCAUCAUCAGCCUGUUGUUCCUCCUUUUCCUGUUCAUCGUGGUCUUCGCCCUUUUGGGAAUGCAACUCUUCGGCGGCCAGUUUAACUUCGAUGAAGGGACUCCUCCUACCAAUUUCGACACUUUUCCAGCAGCAAUAAUGACAGUGUUUCAGAUCCUGACGGGCGAAGACUGGAACGAGGUCAUGUAUGACGGUAUCAAGUCUCAGGGGGGCGUGCAGGGCGGCAUGGUCUUCUCCAUCUACUUCAUCGUGCUGACGCUCUUCGGGAACUACACCCUCCUGAACGUGUUCUUAGCCAUCGCGGUGGAUAAUUUGGCCAACGCCCAGGAGCUCACCAAGGUGGAGUUGGUGGCAGAAUGCUUCUCCCUCGGGCAAAGUUACCGCCUGCUUGUGGCCGAUCAGCGCUGUGCUGGAGAGAACCAGGGCUCCGGGGUCCCCGUGUCGGGCCCCAACCUGUCGACCACCCGGCCAAUCCAGCAGGACUUGGGCCGCCAGGACCCGCCGCUGGCCGAGGACAUUGACAACAUGAGGAACAACAAGCUGGCCACCGCGGGGUCGGCUGGCGCCCACGACAGCCUCGGCCGCCCCGGCCUGCCCCAGAGCCCCUCCAGGACCGGAAACAGCACCGACCCCGGCCCCGCGCCAGCACCGCCCGCCGUGGCCGCGAACCCCCAGAACGUCGCCGGGCGCCGGGCGCCCAACAACCCGGGGGACCCGUCCGACCCCGGCCCCCCCAAGACCCCCGAGAACAGCCUUAUCGUCACCAACCCCAGCAGCACACAGACCAACUCAGCAAAGACUGCCAGGAAACCCGACCACACCACGGUGGACAUCCCCCCGGCCUGCCCGCCCCCCCUCAACCACACCGUCGUCCAAGUGAACAAAAACGCCAACCCAGACCCACUGCCAAAAAAGGAGGAAGAGAAGAAGGAGGAGGAGGAAGACGACCCUGGGGAAGACGGCCCCAAGCCCAUGCCCCCCUACAGCUCUAUGUUUAUCCUCUCUACAACCAACCCCCUUCGCCGCCUGUGCCACUACAUCCUGAACCUGCGCUACUUUGAGAUGUGCAUCCUCAUGGUCAUUGCCAUGAGCAGCAUCGCCCUGGCGGCUGAGGAUCCCGUGCAGCCCAACGCACCGCGAAACAACGUGCUACGGUAUUUUGACUACGUUUUUACAGGCGUCUUUACCUUUGAGAUGGUGAUCAAGAUGAUCGACCUGGGGCUCGUCCUGCACCAGGGUGCCUACUUCCGCGACCUCUGGAACAUUCUCGACUUCAUAGUGGUCAGUGGGGCCCUGGUGGCCUUUGCCUUCACUGGCAACAGCAAAGGAAAGGACAUCAACACAAUUAAGUCCCUCCGAGUCCUCCGGGUGCUACGACCUCUUAAAACCAUCAAGCGGUUGCCAAAGCUCAAGGCCGUGUUCGACUGCGUGGUGAACUCGCUCAAGAACGUCUUCAACAUCCUCAUCGUCUACAUGCUGUUCAUGUUCAUCUUCGCCGUGGUGGCCGUGCAGCUGUUCAAGGGGAAGUUCUUCCACUGCACGGACGAAUCCAAGGAGUUUGAGAAAGACUGUCGCGGCAAGUACCUCCUGUACGAGAAGAACGAGGUGAAGGCCCGGGACAGACAGUGGAAGAAGUAUGAGUUCCACUAUGACAACGUGCUCUGGGCUCUGUUGACUCUCUUCACCGUGUCCACGGGAGAAGGCUGGCCGCAGGUCCUCAAGCACUCCGUGGACGCCACCUUUGAGAACCAGGGCCCCAGCCCCGGGUACCGCAUGGAGAUGUCCAUCUUCUACGUCGUCUACUUCGUGGUGUUCCCCUUCUUCUUCGUCAAUAUCUUCGUGGCCUUGAUCAUCAUCACCUUCCAGGAGCAGGGGGACAAGAUGAUGGAGGAAUACAGCCUGGAGAAAAAUGAGAGGGCCUGCAUCGACUUCGCCAUCAGUGCCAAACCGCUGACCCGACACAUGCCGCAGAACAAGCAAAGCUUCCAGUAUCGCAUGUGGCAGUUCGUGGUGUCCCCGCCUUUCGAGUACACCAUCAUGGCCAUGAUCGCCCUCAACACCAUCGUGCUCAUGAUGAAGGCGUUUCAUGCCCCUGUUACCUUUCCCCUUCUUCAGAUUAGGAACCGGGCGUGGAGCCCUGUGUUGGCAUCUCUGUCUUGUGGGUCCCCAUUCUAGAAUUAUUUUCGUGAUGCCUGGAACAUCUUCGACUUUGUGACCGUUCUGGGCAGCAUCACCGACAUCCUCGUGACUGAGUUUGGGAAUAACUUCAUCAACUUGAGUUUUGCCUUGCCUUAUGUCUGUCUGCUGAUUGCCAUGCUUUUCUUUAUCUACGCCAUCAUCGGGAUGCAGGUGUUUGGCAACAUCGGCAUCGACGUGGAGGAUGAGGACAGUGAUGAGGAUGAGUUCCAAAUCACUGAGCACAAUAAUUUUCGGACCUUCUUCCAGGCCCUCAUGCUUCUCUUCAGGAGUGCCACCGGGGAGGCUUGGCACAACAUCAUGCUUUCCUGCCUCAGUGGGAAGCCGUGUGAUAAGAACUCUGGCAUCCUGACUCCCGAGUGUGGCAAUGAAUUUGCUUACUUCUACUUCGUUUCCUUCAUCUUCCUGUGCUCGUUUCUGUUUGGUGGUCAGGAUUUGAGGAGGGAGCUGCUGGCAGUAACUGGAUGUGUGGAGGCCAGGGACGCGGCUCAGCCCCCGCCAUAUAGCGCGUGGGCACCCCGAAACCGGGAACGACCCAGCCCCCAGUGUCCACAGAUGCCAGGAGCGGGCGGCUUAAGCCGUAGACGUGUCUUCUCGCGCGGGUCUGCAGGCUGGAAGUUCAAGAUCGAGGGGCCAGCAGGGCUGAUCCCUACUUGGCCCCUGGUGACCACAGCCCCCUGCGUCGCCAAUGGUGUAAAGGAAGACCAGACCAGGGGAAUUCGCCCUCUAGCGGGUGAGAUAGGGAAUGACAUCAUGAGCCACUCCGCGGCCCUGGCCCUGCCCAGGAUCGAGGCCCACGUAGCCAUUCCUCCUCCGGGACAGGCCCACAGGGAACUGGUGGCCCGCGGGGCCGACAAGCAGCAAAUGGACGCUGAGCUGAGGAAGGAGAUGAUGGCCAUCUGGCCCAACCUGUCCCAGAAGACGCUCGACCUGCUGGUCACCCCUCACAAGUCCACAGACCUGACCGUGGGGAAGAUCUACGCGGCCAUGAUGAUUAUGGAAUACUACCGGCAGAGCAAGGCCAAGAAGCUGCAGGCCCUGCGUGAGGAGCAGAAUCGGACACCACUCAUGUUCCAGCGCAUGGAGCCCCCGUCCCCAACCCAGGAGGGGGGCCCUGGCCAGAACGCCCUCCCGUCCUCCCAGCUGGACCCAGGAGGAGGCCUGUUGGCUCACGAAAGCGGCAUGAAGGAGAGCCCGUCCUGGGUGACCCAGCGGGCCCAGGAGAUGUUCCAGAAGACCGGAACGUGGAGCCCAGAGCGGGGGCCUCCCACCGACAUGCCCAACAGCCAGCCCAACUCCCAGUCUGUGGAGAUGCGAGAGAUGGGCAGAGACGGCUACUCAGACAGCGAGCACUACGUCCCCAUGGAAGGCCAGGCGCGGGCGGCCUCCAUGCCCCGCCUCCCCGCGGAGAACCAGGUAGGAAGCCAGUCACAACCCCCGACAGACGUCGAGGCCAGCUGUCUGCCCGAGGCAGGGCUGGCCUCUGGCAAAGGCCCACCUCCCGUGGUGCUGAAGCUGGUCGGCACUUUUGUCCCGUGCAAUUCCCUCUGGAACCAGGGAGACUGCAGCCAUCUGUCCACAAAGGAACAAGUCCUCUUACCAGAGCCCCCCACAGCCCCUGGACCCAAACCUGAGGCUGCGUGCAGGGAGGCUGGACCCCAGGCCUCCAUCACCCACACCUUCAGGCUGGGGCAAAUCCUGUUUCUCCCGGGCAGCGAGGGUUCCUGGGAGUCCACAGGGGCCUUCAGGGACUCCCGUGUGUCUCCACUGGUGGAGGCCCUGCCCUCAGUGGCUGCUGCUCGGGAGGGUGGUGGCGUGUGUGGCUUCCGACUGUGGCCGUGA